AUGUCGUCAGUUUUAUCCGAUUUACAAAAUUUUGAUGAAAAGAAUUCAGAAACGGAUUGUGAUUCCACUGCUAGUAGUCCGGUUCUUAGCAGUCCAAGUGCCGAAGAAUUGAGCCUAACACAACCAACCUGUUCUUUAGUUGCAAAAAAUUCGUUUAUUUUACAUCCCCAUGGAUACACAGCAGCACCUUUGUUAAGUCACAUCAUUCCUGAUCAAGUACAAUUGACAUCGUUACAUAUAUCACCCAUGUCACAAUCGAAACCUACAUCGCCGAUAUGCAAACAAUCUAACCAAUAUGAAUCACGAGAAAUAUUACCAAAAAUCGAAACGAAACCUAAAGAAAUGUCUCAAGAAUACAUCCAAUACGAACGCGAACGUAGACGCAAUUACGCAAGAUUAUUACGAGAGAAAAAACGAGCCAGGGUAAAAGAGCUUGAAGAUAGAGCUGCUUUUCUCGAAAAGGAAAAUAAACGUCUUCGCAAAAAUCUUGAGAUAUAUCAUGCUAGAUUGGCUUAUGCGGGUAUCUUCUUGACACAAUCUAAUUCUGAUAUACCACUUGGUAACGUGAAUAAAUGUAGCUCAAUGAACAAUUUUGUUCCUUGUGUGAGUACAACACCUGAUUUUAAUUUCCUGCCACUGGAAAAUCAGAUUACUCCUGAGGAAAUACUAAAUAUGCCAAUGGGUUUUAAUGAUCCCAGUGGAGGUAGCUCUGUGCCUACAUCUACGAAUUUAAUUAAUGCGGAGGAUAAAGAUCAUGAUCUUGUUGACUAUUCUUUUGGGCGUCAAUGA